AUGGCCAGCACCGGCUAUACCUCGCCAUUCCCAACCUCACACGACACAAUUGGCCAGUCAACAUUGGCAACACCUCUGUUCAUGCCGUCUUCUCCACCACAACGCCCUUCCGGGUCAGUGGGCUCCCCAUCAACUGCACAAACCCCGACAACUGCGCAGACUCCUACAACCGACCGCGUCACCGCGAAACAUGAUAACGAAGCCCAAGCGACCGACAACGGAUACCAUUCUGACAACGAAUUGCAAAACAAUCCUCGCCCUGCAUCCCCACCAAGUCCAACGGGGUCAGAUCUGGAUGCGCGUCUUGCCGAUUACACCUUGGAUUUCAGUAAUUUCCCGAGCGGUCAAUAUGCUCUCGAUGGGAAUGAGGAAUCUCUUCCCCCGCUUCACGAUGGCGUAGAUAAUCUGUCUGAUGUCGGGGGUCCGGAAGAUUUCACCGCGAACCUGGAAGGAUACUUGAUGGGCGAUCUCGAGGAUGGACCAGACGACGAGAAUGACGGUGAAGUGGAAGACUACGGGACAGUGCGGCGAUCUUUCCGGAAGUCGAAGCAACCUGUGAUUGAGGAAGAGGCGGAUUCAGGCGAAUAUAGUGAAUUUGGACCGCCUGUGGAUAUGUCAACUCCCUCGCAUCUGUUACAUCGGGGCAGCGUUCACCGCAAAGAUUCCACGCACUUGGAAGGUAUCGAAGAAUACCCCGAUGAUGAUGAGUCCCAGAGUUCCGAAUCUCCUUCUGUCCGAAAAUUGUCGGAUGCCUCGAGCCAUGAAUCGAAGGAACAAGAAGACCCUCAACAGCAGAUUGCAGAGCUGCAACAGGCAGUGAGAGAACGGGACGAGCAAUUGAAGACAAGCCGCCACCGUGUCCUCGAGGCUGUCUCUGCUGGAGAGCAGAUCCGUCAUCUUCAGGCAGAAUUGCAGCGUAAGAAUGCCAUGCUGGACGAAAUGCAUGCCAAGGGCACCAAUGAGGUUGCACUGCGUGAGCAGAUCCAGUCGCUGCAAACGCAACUUGAGGAACGUGAAAAGCUACUACAACAGGCAAGCACCAAUGCACCAGAUCUCAACCCUCUUUUGAGCCAGAUCCGUGAGAUGCAACAGCAGCUCCAGGAUCGAGAUUCGCAGACCGCCUUGGACAAAGAGCGAUUGGAAACAAUUGCUCAUCUGCGGCAACAGCUCAACCAUUCCCAGGAGCAGGUGCGAAAGCGCGAUCAGACUCUAGAUGAGACAUUUGCCAAGCUUGAAGAGGUCACGCGGGUCAAGGAUACGCAACUGAAGGAGAAGCUCUCGGCGAUCGACCAACUCCAAUCUCAUAUUGACGAUUACGGUCUUGAGGUUGAGAAACUAGAGUCGGAAUUGGAGCGUGCUCACAAUGACUAUCAGGUCCUCGAGGAGCGAUACAUCGACCUGGAAAUUAAGAAUCGGCCUCUGGAAGAGAAGAAUUCUACACUAGAAGCGAAUCUCACCCGGGUCCAAUCCCAGGUUGAAGCCCAGGGAAGUGCUCUCAAAGCUGCGGCUGCAGAACUUCCUGCCGGUGGCCACAGCACCUACAGCGCGAUUCUCGACUUGAUCAAGGAUUUGGGACCCCCUGACUCACCACGCGGCUCACCACUCCCUUCACCGUUAAAGGAGAAAUUUACCGAUCCACAAGGUGUUCAGCAACAGGAACAACCAGACACACCGAGCAUUGCCAGCUUGCAACAUGAACUCCAGGAGGCAACCGCCGCACAGCAAACUGCCGAAGCCGAAGCAGCCCGUCUGCGCGAUCAAGCAAUCGAAACCCAGACCUUUAUCAAAACCAUUGAAACAGAGAACUCCCGCCUAUCCAACCGCGUCAGCGAGCUCACAACGGCCCUCAACAAAUCCCAACACGACCUGGCUCUAUCCAGAGAACAACACGCUGAGUCCCUCGAAACCAUCGCCCGUCUCCAAGAAGACAAGCUCGCCGAACCCCCCAGUCCACCCCCAACCCCCCAAACAGCCCACGGCACUCACAACCCAGAAACCCGCGGCCCCGACACCGCAGCCCUAGAAGCCAACCACCAAAGCCAAAUCCGAAGCCUCCAGACCGCCCACUCAACGGCCGUCUCAACGCUACGAGCCUCACACGCCGAAUCAAUGCGCAAAAUCCGCAACCUCCUCACAGCCGCCGAGCAACGCGAAGCCGACCUCCGCUCGGAACUCGCAACCCUCCGCUCCUCAUCCGCAACCUCCGAAACACACCUGCGCAAAAGCUUCGAAUCCGAACUCCGCCAUCUCGAAGCCGUCAUCGCUGCCAAGGAUGAAACCGCCGCGGCCGUCGACCAGCGCAUCGCUAUGUCGGUGGACAAGCGCGAGCGCGAGUGGGAGCGUCGCAUCGACUUACUCCUUAAAGAGCGGGAUCGCAUGGCUAAGGCUCUUAUGAUGAGCUGGGGUGAGAAGGAGUUGGGUCGUGGACCUGGUGCUCUGGCUGAGAAUCCUGGAAAGGAGAAUCGGCGGAGGGAGAGGGAUGGUGAGGGGAAGAGUGGUCAGGCGUAUCGCUACAAGUACCGGCAGGCGAAGUCUAAGAGCUCGGAAGCUAGGGCGUAG